GAAAAGUUUAGGGGAAAGCUUUUUUUUUUCUUUUUGAUUUUAUUUGCCUUAUUUUUAUAUUUUAUUAAACAUUUGGUAAGGAUAUCAUAUCCUAAAUUCUAGAAAUUAUUUUAGUACCCUUUGUUGCCAGCAGACAUAGACUAGAAAAUGAUUUCUCUGCUGUGAUAUAGCAAUAGACAAGAGUUAGAACAGUUGACAUUUGGGCCAGCUUUGACAUAGUCAUAUCAUGUUUUGCUUCCAGUCAGUCAGGUCUAAGUUGGAGGAGUAAAAGUGGGUAAGCUCCCAGAUUGAAGCCUCUUUUUGGAUAUCAUGAAAGUGGUCUUGGUUAGAGUGCAUAAGAGAUUAUAACAUUUGAGGGAGCUGUUUAUAGCCUGGGAAAUUAUUUCAAUUCAAAGAAUAAAGUCUUUAUAAUCUUAUUUGGUUAUUAUGUAUUUGAAUGUUUUUACCUGUAGAAUUUGUGCUGACAGAAUAUAAAUGGCAAUAAUAUCAGAUACCACUUUAAGUGGUAUUUAGCCCCAAAGAAAAGAUAAAUAUUAGAAUUGCUAUAAUGUUUCAGAUCACAGCAACCUUAAUGAGAUUACUGUAUCUGUACUGAGUGAUAGCAACCAUUGUUGCAUAUUUUUCCAGUUACUUGAGAACCUUCUGUGUUUGGUUGCUGCGGUGUUGCCAUGGUUACAUUCUGUGUUGGGACUGGAGUAGUGAACUAUGGAAUCAGUGUUAGCUCAUAAUACCCAGGCUUGGAGCUAGGCUAUCUGGGAAGUCUGCCGUGUGUUGAAGCCAUACUCAACAUGGACCAGAAGGCUUGGAAGAAACUGGUGGAAUCCAUCAGUAAAGCUGUCAAGAGCUUCAAAAAAAGUGAAAUAGAGUGUCUCAUAAGACUUUUUCACCACCUGGUGGGCAGAACUGAUGGAAGCUGUGAUAACAUUGGGCUAGAUCGUAACACAUUUCGAGCGAUCUUGCACAGCAUGUUUGGAAUGACUGACGAUAUGUUGAUGAAUAGGGUGUUUUUUGCAUUUGACAAAGACAAUGAUAACCGCAUAAAUGUAAAAGAGUGGGUUAAAGGAUUAUCAGUGUUUCUUCGAGGGACUUUUGAAGAAAAGCUAAAGUUCUGUUUUGAAGUCUAUUAUUUGAAUGGAGAUGGUUUCAUUUCUCGAGAGGAAAUAUUUGACAUAUUGAAGAACAGUCUACACCAACAAUCAUCUGAAGAAGAGACUGAUGAAGGAAUAAAAGAGUUGGUAGAUAUAAUACUGAAGAAAAUGGAUUAUGACAACGAUGGCAAGAUAUCUUUUGCAGACUUUGAAAAAGCAGUGAGAGAAGACAGACUUCUGUUGGAGGUGUUUGGACCAUGUUUACCAGAAGUAAAGAAUUGUCUUGAUUUUGAAGCCCUGGCAUUCAGAAACAUCCCAACUUCUUGUUUUUGAAUGUGAACCACUCAAUAUUUGUAUGAAAAUCAGAAACAAAUCCUGGCUGCCUAUCUUUGUUUGUACUGUAAAGUUUCUAUAUUUGCUUUAAUUAAUUUAUAUUUAGUUAUGGCAAAGUGAGAGACAAUGUUAUAUGACAAGAACAGUUUCUGUAAUAUGAAGUAUGGAUCAAAAAAAAAGAAAUGAUUUUAGACAAAUAGCUUGAAUGAAAUUACAAAGAAUGCAUUAAAAAACACCAGCAGUAAAAUCUCUUGAAGAAUUAAAAUGAUAGGCUAAAA